CUUAAAAAUCAUUCAUUUUGAGCUCACUUUCUUAAUUUUCUACUGUUGUUAAGUACUCGGUCAUGUUUAGUACUUGCUCAGAAGUAGUUAAUUUUGUUGUUAAGUAUUAUGCAGUCAGAUUCAGAAGUCUUCUUUUUUCUUCUUCAGAAUUUAUAUAGAUCUCAACUGAAGUGAUUCUUUAAAGCUUAUGGCGGCCAUGUCUAAUUUCCGUGUUUCAGAAGGAUUGUCCAGAAAGGUUCAAUGGGUGAUGCUCGAAUUGCUGGUCAUUGCUUCUUACAUGACCUUUGUUUUAGGCGCAAAAUUUCAAAAUCAUUUGGAAGAACCAUUAUUAAACUUUGAGAGUACUGCUUCCUCACCAGCUACUUCUAAGAUUUCCCCUUCUAAACGUCCGUUGUUUCAUCGAAGGCAUGGUAAACAUUUCAUACUGCGUGGUACACCAUCACAAACACCGGCUCCUGCUCAUCCUCCAGAUUAUGGGCCAUUGGUAACUGCAGGUCAGCCUCCUUCAAAUCCAAGUUUAUCAAAACCGUCAAUGAAGCGUACUCAUUUUCCGAUUCCCGGUAACGGGUUUUUACCUCAUCAGUUGGCAGUUAUUUCCCCAACACCUUCUGGAACGGGUAUAAUUCCUAAUGGUUUAUCACAACCUCCAUUAUCUCCUCGAAUAGCAGAUUGCUGUGAACAUGACAUGGUGCAGAAACAAGGGAGUAAAGAUUGCCACUGUGUGUAUCCUAUAAAGCUUGACCUUCUUCUCAUGAAUGUGUCUCUUAAUUCAGACUGGAGUCCUUUUCUGGAGGAAUUAGCGUCUCAGCUGAGGCUGCGAGUUUCGCAGUUUGAGAUCAUCAACUUUUAUGUAAUUAGCUUAUCAAACCUGAAUAUUUCAAUGGAUGUCAUUCCACAUACUGGAAUCAGCUUUUCCGCCGCCGACAGGGAUGAUAUGAAUUCUUCACUUGCUCUGCAUAAAAUACGUCUCAACCCUUCCUUAGUGGGUGAUUACCAACUUCUGAGCUUAACCUGGUACAAGCCAGGGGAUCCUUCUUCUCGUGCUCCUGUUCCAGCUGCAUCGCCUAUUGCUGGCCCACCUGACGUAUCACCUCCAUCAACAUCUAUUUCUGCAAGCAAAGGGAAAAAUACAAGUUAUCUUCCUAUUCUUGGUACUGGAGCUGGUAUCCUGAUCAUUGUCAUUAUAUGUGCGCUUGUGAUCUAUUCAUGCACAUCGGAUCUAGUAAAGAAGGAUGUUCCCGCUCAAGAACCAGUUAAGCCAAGGACGGCAGAUACAGCUCCAGCAGAAGGAUCUCUUCCCCAUCCUGCCAGUACCCGAUUUUUCUCUUAUAAAGAGCUUAAAGAAGCAACAAAUAACUUUGAAUCUGCAAGCGUGCUUGGGGAGGGUGGAUUUGGCAAGGUUUUCAAGGGCCUCCUAACUGAUGGCACGGCUGUCGCCAUUAAGAAGCUUACAAAUGGAGGACAUCAAGGUGACAAAGAAUUUUUGGUUGAGGUGCAGAUGCUGAGUAGGCUACAUCACCGUAAUCUUGUGAAGCUUGUAGGAUACUUUAGCAGUCGCGAAUCUUCACAGAACCUUCUUUGUUAUGAGCUUGUCCCAAAUGGAAGCUUAGAAGACUGGUUACAUGGUCCCUUGGGAAUAAACUGUCCUUUGGAUUGGGACACCAGAAUGCGGAUAGCCCUUGAUGCUGCAAGAGGUCUUUCUUACCUACAUGAGGACUCACAACCUAGUGUAAUCCACCGAGAUUUCAAGGCGUCGAAUAUAUUACUCGAAAACAACUUCCACGCCAAAGUUGCUGAUUUUGGUCUGGCCAAACAGGCACCUGAAGGACAGGGAAAUUAUCUGUCUACUCGUGUGAUGGGCACAUUUGGGUAUGUAGCUCCUGAGUAUGCCAUGACUGGACAUCUACUUGUAAAGAGCGAUGUAUAUAGCUAUGGUGUUGUGCUUCUUGAGCUGUUGACUGGAAAGCCUCCUGUAGAUAUGUCACAACGUUCAGGCCAGGAGAACCUGGUAACUUGGGCCAGACCAAUUCUUCGAGAUAAGGAUCGCUUGGAGGAACUUGCUGAUCCAAAACUUGACCGCAAAUACCCAAAGGAGGACUAUCUACGUGUUUGCACAAUUGCAGCAGCUUGUGUUUCCCCCGAGGCAACCCAGCGGCCCUCAAUGGGAGAAGUUGUGCAGUCUCUUAAAAUGGUGCAGAGGAUCACAGAGUAUCAAGAAUCCUUGUUGACCACCACCUCUGUUCCUCCCAAUAAUCUAGGACAGUCAAAUGGCAACUAUGAAUCCGACAGGAAUUCGUCAAUGUUUUCCUCAGGUCCCUUCUCUGGGGCGAACGCUUUUGAUCAUGACAACCUCUUUAGGACAGCGGUGUUCUCAGAAGACCUGCAUGAAGGACGAUGACUCCAUUUUGAGCAAAGGUUUUAAUGCUGUCUUCUAGUCUGUGUUUUGGACCCUCUGAAGGCUUAGAAAUGAAGAGCUUAAAAAUGGGACAAAACCCAGAUGGCAAAAGGUUUGUGAUGAAGACCACCACAUCCCUGCUUAAUGGUCGUAACUUUGCAUGAGGUACAUUUUUGUAUACUAUAUGUAGCUUAAGGGCCCCUUUCUCUAUAUUAGGUUUUUCAGGUGGCCCUGCACUGAAACUAAAACUGAUCUUCUGAUGUAUUUAGGUUUGUUUGUUAAUCUGGGAUGAAUGCCCAUCUAAAAGUAGCAUUAUUUUUUGUGUAAAAACAGUGGCAGUUUUUUAGAGCUGGUACAAAACAGGUAUCAAUUCUGCUCCAUUCUUUUGUUGGUUUAAUAUCAGGAUAGAGGAUAACUGCUCGUUCUUGGUCCUUGUUUAUGUUAUCACUGUAUCAGCCUCUCUUUU